AUUCGCACCUUCACUCCAUGCAUCCACUAUUUAUCGCAUAAAAACCUACGACAAAUACAAUCUAAGCUGAGCGCUAAAUGGUUUUCGCGCUUGCUGCUGAUAAUUAUAAAUCAACCACCAUCUCGAAAACCAUGGGUCCAGAAGUGGCUGAAACUCUAGCCAAGGUUGAACGAUCUUCGGACAGAAAUUCUUGAUGGCCCACAGUGUGGGGACCCUGCCAGGGUUCCAUGCUGCCACAGUCCAAGUCUUGUCCUCAUCAGCAAUUUCAAUCUGCGAGUUAUCGUGGUUUUCAAGGAUGUAGUUGCCCGGGCCUUUAAGGGACUGACAUAUGUUUAAAAGCGUCACUCUACUCAUCUGCAUAUCAAAUAACAUGGUCUCUUCAAACGAAUACUUCCCUGUCGCACUGGUUGGCAUUUCCGCGGAGCUCCCAAGUGGUCCUCAUGGAACAAGCAACCUUGACUAUCAAUCGUUCUUUGACUUUCUCAUGAACGAGCACCAAGCCUACGAGAAAAUCCCGGCCGAUAGGUUCAACAUAGAUGCUCUUGAGGGAGUGAACAUCGGUGAAGUGGCCACCGCACAUGGCGCAUUCUUGAAAAAUCUAGAAUUAUUCGAUCCUGUCGAAUUCGGAAUCAGUAGCAAAGACACUAGGAUGAUGACGAUUGGAACGCGAAAGCUCAUUGAGCUGUCGUUCCUGGCAUUAUUGGACUCUGGCAUUGAUUAUCGAGGAAGAAAUAUCGGCACUUACAUGUCGAGCGUCGCCCAUGACGUUUGGAUGAUUGCCGGCGAGCAUGAAAAUGAAGCCCGCGGUGCAUUGUCAGGUUCCCCUGCAAUGAUCGCCAAUCGUGUGUCAUACCACCUGGACCUACGCGGACCUUCCAUCCCCAUCGACACUGCUUGCAGCUCUAGUCUUUCUGCCUUACAUCUCGCUAUUCAGGCCAUACGCAAUGGGGAUUGCGAAGCGGCGCUUGUGGGUGGUUGUCAAUUGAAUCAUAGGUUUAUGGAUUGGCUAACGUACAGUCAAGCUGGGAUACUUGCACCAGAUGGUAAAUGUAAACCCUUCGACGCCUCUGCUAAUGGAUUUUCUCGGGCAGAGGGUGCUGUCGUUGUGGUCAUUAAACCGCUUGACAAGGCUCUCCUCGAUCAUGACCACAUAUAUGCUACUGUUCUAGGCACCGGCAUCAAUUCGUCUGGUUCAUUGGCUCCUGCAAACUCUCCUGUCGCCUAUGCUCAAAGGGAUGCAAUGCUGAGAGCCUUCAAGCAAGCUGGCCGCCAGCCACACGAAGUCGAUUUCGUCGAGCUUCAUGCCACAGGGACUGCUUCCGGCGAUCCAACGGAAGCAAACUGGGUUGGAGAGAGUUUCUUGAAAACUGAUAACAGGGAGCUCCUUAUAGGUAGCGUGAAAGGAAACCUAGGUCACCUCGAAAUUACAGCGUUUCUUGCGUCACUGUGCAAAAUUUGCUCCAUGUUUGAAUCAGGAAUAAUCCCUCCCAAUGUCAAUCUCCUCAACCCUAAUCCGGCCAUUCGUUGGGAAGACUUCCAUCUUCGCGUCGUCUCAUCACCAACAACGUUGCCUUGUCAAUCUGCCACUGGACGCUCUCUGAUCUCGUUAGCCGGCUCUGGAAUCGGCGGUGCCAAUGGUCACUGUGUUGUCGAGGGUCCUCCUACAACCAAUCCUGUAAUACCGUUCUGGCGGUCAGAUGUCGUUCGUCCACCUUGCCUUUUGGUGGCGGGCGGCCUUUCUCCGCGUUCAACAGUUGCCGUAGGAGAGUCUAUACAGGCCAUAGACAGUGAAACAUUACCUUCCGUAGCGACGACCCUAGGACGUCGGUCCAGGUCUACGCCUUGGCGUUCUUAUGCGGUUACUUCGUCGAAUUCUCCUCCUCGUUUUACCGAGCCGGUUCUUGCUCCUCGCACUCCCCCACUCGUGUUUGUGUUUUCGGGACAAGGCCCACAGCAUUUUGAAAUGGGGAGAGAGUUCUUCAGCUCAUGCACUGUCUUCAAUAGGAGCAUACUUGAAAUGGACGAAGUACACAAGCGUACAACUGGAUUUUCACUCAUCGCACGGACUGGUCUUUUCACUCAACAAGCUCCUAUUGCAGAAGUACUCGGCGAUAUCUGGCCUAUUUCGGUGACUCUUCCUGCUCUAACGAUGCUUCAAAUCGCAAUUUUCGACUCUCUUGCGAGUCUUGGGAUGAAGCCUGAUGCGGUCGUGGGUCACUCUGCAGGAGAGACCGCAUUGUUAUACGCAUCUGGAGCAGGCUCCAAAGCCAUGGCUGUGGAGCUCGCAAUUGCGCGUGGGCGGGCUUUGGCAAACGUCGAAGGCGCAAUGGCGGCAGUUGCAUGCUCCCCUGAACAUGCCCAGAAAAUUAUAUCCCAGAUGUGCACCGAACAGGGGAAGGUCGAUUUGGAUAUUGGCUGCUAUAACACUCCCGACGCCAUCACUCUAUCGGGAUCAUCUGCGGAUAUCGACCUAGCAGUCCAGCGCGCAAAGGCUGCGGGAUUUUUGGCAAAGCGAUUAAAUACCACCAUUCCUGUGCAUUCCAAACUGAUGGAAGCUGGUCGUGACGAAUUUAUGCGACUGGUAACGGACAUAUUCGAUCGCUAUCCUUCCCAGCCGCCUCAAAUACCAACAUAUUCCACUGAAAGCGAAUAUUAUUGGUCCACUACGCGUGGCCCAGUUCAAUUCACAGGAGCAAUCCAGCGUAUCAUUCACGACAUUGGUUCUCCGAACUAUCUUGAGAUAGGGCCUCACCCGGUUCUUGCUAGUUAUCUGGUCACUCUUGGCGGCGAGAAAGCCACUGUUGUGUGUCCUCUGCGCAGGCCCAAGGCCAACCAAGGAGAAGUGGUUUCUUUUCUUGACGCUUUGGGCAAGCUGGCAGUCGCUGGACAUUGCUGCAUCGACUUCAAUAUUCUCAAUGGAUGCACCGCAGCAGAUGUCGCCAAACUACCCGCCUACCCCUUUUCCCGCAAGAAGGUCCCCUUGUACCCGAUUACUUCUUACAUCAAGGGAAUUCGUCAGCCUCGUAACGGCCCGUUAAACUACUCUCAGCUUCGCAUCAACUCUGUGACACACCCUUACCUGGCUCAACAUGUGAUUCAAGGCGAGCCCAUCAUGCCCGCCACAGGUUUCCUUGAAAUGGCAUUGGAAUUUGGUGCAAGACAAUUAUGGGAUGUCAACUUCAUAUUCAUGCUAUCUUUAUCUGGGGAUCAACCAGUGCCAGUUGAUGUCAGUAUCGAAGGACCUCGUUGGUCUGUGCGCUCUGCUCUAGUAAAUCCAUCGCAACUGUCCGACGCACCACCCCAAUAUGAUCGAUUGCAUGCUGAGGGCUACCUAUCUCUUGAUUCUCGACCUUCACCCUUACCAGCAGUAGACAUUCAGGCAAUCAAGGAGCGCUGCACGCAAGUCAGCGUCGAAGGCUUUUACGAUGGGUUCGAGCACUUCGCUCAAUUUGGACCAGAUUAUCAAAGAAUAUUGGAUUGUUACCGGGGCCCUCGCGGAGAGCAUGAAGAAGCAUUGAUACAGAUCCGUGGGGAUGUUGGGGAUCUUCCAGGACUGGAAAAGUUCAAGUUCCACCCCGUCAUAUUUGACUCCGCAAUACAUCCUCUGGUCCACCCGAUGUUUACCUAUCUCACAGACAAAUCCUUGUAUUAUCUUCCUUCUCAUCUGCAAAAUCUGACGAUCCAUGAUGCACUCAUCACGUCCCCGUUCCCACGGUCUCUAUAUACUCAUGUUGUUUUCCGCCAGUGGACGCCUCAAUCCAUGACAUUUGACAUUGCCCUCCUGAAUGAGGACGGAAAUCAUCUCUGCACGAUAGAAUCAUUCGAAAUUGCCCUCCACGGAGAGUCAUCUCUAUACGAACCGAAACGCCACUUCGACUUAGUGUAUGAGCCCAUCUCACUCGACCUGUCUUCGUGUCGUCACCCGACCCAGGAAGAAUUAUCAGCGGAUGACCAACCCAGGGAUAGCUUGCUAAACCUAGUGGGGACAGAUGCUGGGACGUCAUCGUCAGCUCCGCUCAACGUCAUCGUUUACGAGCACGGCAAAGGGAUAGAACUUCAGCCGGUAUUAUCCGUACUGGACACUACCGCACCAUGCACCAUAUAUAUUACGGCACUCGCUGGUGUAGACGGAGACGAGGCUGUCGGGUUCGUGCGAGUGUUGCAGAAGGAAUAUCUCUUAUGGACGAUUUACGUUAUGGUGUUCGACCCGACUUGGAAUGAUGAAAGCAUCCAACGGGCAGUUGAAGUUGUGUCCAAGAUGCCCCAGGUGGAGAGGGAGCUUGUGGUGGAUGCAUCUGGAUUGGUACACGUCCCGAGAAUAACACCUUGUGAGGGCCCGAAGAAUGUCUCUCCUUUCGACUUCCACGAACCAUGGCAGCUCGAGAAGUCCACGGUCGUUCAUUGCUCGUCUCCCCGUUUGGAUUCUCAUUCGGCUGUCGUGCAUGUGCAAAGUGCUAGCCGAUCGGACAAUCACAUAUGGACUUUCUUUGGCUUCUUAGGCGGCUCGCACAAAAGUGUCAUGGGGAUAUCCGCUUCUCCUGUUGGGAAUUUCAUCACAACGCCGCUUGAUAGCUUGAUGGAUGUCCCGGCGGUCUUGGAUGCUGGUGCAAAGUCGGGUCCUCCCAUUCUUGCCUUUGCCAUAGCAGUUCUUGCUGUUGGUCCUGCAUAUUUUGAGAACCCGGGAAGGUUCCGUGGAGAAAUUCUGGUGACGCAUGCAGAUACCCAAACUAGCAUGCUGGUCAUUCAACUCUACCUUCUCCGAGGCUUUCGCGUUGCUACUCUAACGCAAAAUGCGACGCAUUCUGAAAUCAGCCGCCUCCCCAAUGGUCAUUUUAGUUUCAUCGUCUCUGAAUACAGCGACACGGCAACGCUUCACCUUUUAUCGCGCCUCUUGACUGCUGGCGGGACGACGUUCCCGUGGAAGCAUCCUACGAAAGGCUUGCAGUCGCUGCUCGCCUGCAACCCUUGGUUGAUUGGUCAUGCCAUUCGUCUUGGAUCAAAUAUAGCUGGCAAUGAGCUCGAUAUUCCUAUGCAGAACCUCAACGAGAUCAUAACUCUCAAGCCCGGUGAUCCUGUCUAUGUGAAGAAACAGCUCUUCAGCGAUAAUAAGGCUUAUCUACUUGUGGGAGGCGUCGGUAGCCUUGGACUCCAGAUUGCCCAGUGGAUGUACAAGAACGGGGCUCGGGAAAUUGCUCUGACUUCGCGGUCCGGGCGGGCUGGAAUUCUGCGUAGGGGAGAUAUUGCAUCUCAGCGCACUAUCGCAUAUCUCGACAACAUACCGGAUUUGAAUCUACUGAUUGAGGCAGUUGAUGCCCUCUCCGAACCUGGUAUGAAAACAUUGGUGCAAAAACUCCAGAGUCCGCUCGGGGGAUGUAUGUUACUCUCUGUGGUACUUGCGGAUGGCCUCUUUUCUGGGCUAUCCGCUGAGAACUUCGAUGCACCAUUCAAUGGGAAGAUUAGGGCCUUCGAGGUGCUAUGCAAUACAAUUGACACAAGCAAGCUGGAUUUCCUGAUUGCAUUCUCCUCGAUUUCGGCAUUAUUUGGGAAUGCGGGUCAAACCAAUUAUGCUGCAGCGAACACUGCGUUGGACGGCAGACUGCGCGCCAUGCCCAAUGCAUUCUCUAUUGCAAUUCCCGCAGUCACUGACUCAUUCGUCUCUACAAUGAAACCGACAAAAAUCAAACACUUGGCGGAUUGGGGGGUGUCAUCUCAGAGGAUCUUCCAAUUCAUCGGGGAAGGCAUUCAAAAGCUUGCUGACGGCCCUUUCUGGUUCUAUAUUCCGGAUUUUGACUGGGAAGCAGUCCACACCGCGCUAGGAAACGAACACAUGUAUAAUCACUUAUUGCCCGAGCGGACUAUCGCGGAAUACGGAACGUCAACCUCAAACAACAGUCUUUCGAUCGGGGACAUACUGUGUGCCACCCUUGACAUUGCGCGCGAAGACUUGUCUCCCGAUGUUCCUUUAACCGCGUACGGUUUGGAUUCCUUAUCUGCUGCGAGGCUAUCCUUUGCCUUGAACCCCAUUUUAUCCAUCAGUCAAACCCAGCUCCUUGCGAACGUGACCCUUCGGAGUCUAGAAGCCCGGUUAGAGGACCAGCGGCUGUCCACCCUAACUGAAGCGGAGGAAAGGAGCGCAUCCGAGCUUCACAAGGUGUCUGAGAUGAGGUCCUUGGUCGCCAAAUACACGUCUGGAUUCAAGAGCCCUAAGACGCUGCUGCCUUCCUCUCUGAGCUCACGGGACUGCGCCGUUCUCAUAACCGGUACCACAGGCGUCGCGGGCGCACACCUUCUGGAAUGCUUGCUCCGUGCGCCACAAAUCAGUCGCAUAUUUCUUCUCAACCGUACCAAGCCCGGAACUCCGACUAUGUUGGAACGCCACCAAGAGAUUUUCCAGGCACAAUCGCUCGACCAGACGGGACUAGAAACAGACAAGGUCGUGUAUUUGGAAGGCACUCUAGACAAAGAUUACUUAGGGCUAUCGCCUGACAUGUUCAACAACAUGGCUCGAAACGUCACCCACAUUUUGCACGUUGCUUGGCCAGUGGACUUCACCAUUCCCCUUGCUGCAUUCGAUCAUGCUCUUCACGGUCUGCGAAAUUUGGUGGACUUCGCCAUUUCCUCGCCCUGGCAAGUUCCCCCUCAAUUCCUUUUCAUAAGCUCGUUCGGGAUAUUGAAUGGUUACGGUCUGACGUCAACGAGCGCAGCAGAGGAGGCUCUUAUACAGGAUCCCAGUGUAUCUAUUUCCACAGGAUAUGUCGAAAGCAAAUGGGUUGCAGAGCACGUCUUGGCUGCUGCUUCCGAUGCCACACGACUGAAGCCAAUAAUUAUUCGUGUGGGGCAACUCACCGGAGGGCGCAAUGGACAAUGGAAAACAACGGAAUGGAUCCCAUCCAUAAUCGGUUCAGGCCUCAGCCUCGGUGCCUUGCCUGACCGUUCUGAUACCGUAAACUGGCUUCCGAUUGAUGUGGCAGCGGCAUCGAUCGUGGAGAUGUUCAAUUCACCCCCUGGCGUGUAUCACUUGACACAUCCGAGUCCUGUUUCAUGGACUGUUCUGAUGCAGGAAGCUGCUCGCAUCAUGAAUAUUUCGUUGGUCCCGCCAACUCAGUGGCUCGCUUCUUUGGAGGAACAGGCGUCAUCACAAACAACAACAUCGCAGAACAAUCCCGCGCUGAGGCUGCUCGAUCUGUUCAGGUAUACCCCUCACAGAAGGAAUCUCACAAAGAAAACUGUGAACUUAGAACCGGAGCUCUCGUGCACUAAGGCACUGCAAGAAUCUCCGACACUCCGAUCAAUUGUUUCAAGCCCACUGGGAGCGAAGGAUGUAGCAAAAUGGAUCGGAUACUGGCGCAGCGUUGGCUUUCUUCCCGUUUGAUCCGAACUCAGCACUCCCAUGUAGAUAUGUCCGUCCCCAUGCUAGCAUGCGGUUCUAUAUAUCUAGAGCUACAAUCAAUAUACUACUGUAGGAUUUUGACCUUAGGUUCGUCACACGUCACAACGAUUGGUGUCAUGUUUGUCUUUGCGAGGAUAUGUUUAAUUUGAGCACCUUGCUCGCUGCUGCCUUGGUUUCCUUUCGCGAUGGUCCACUUCACUGGCACCGACGUCAUAUUCAUCUUGGGCGUGG